CUGAUUAAAUAACGCAUGCGCACUGGGGUCAUUGCAAAUGGCGGAUUCUGUUAUUGUUCCAUGGCGCACAUCACGGGGAUGAAAUUAUGCUCGAAAAAAUAUCUCAAGCAGAUAUGGAGGAAGGGGAAGGCCAGGACCUAGCCACCACAGUAUUGACCUGUGAGGGGGACCUGCGCGACCCCGGAUUCCCGGGGCGUCUACGGAGCCUCGUGCUGCGCCUCCGGGAACUCAUCUCCGAUGAGGAGCAGCCGCUGUGGGUGAAGAAGGUGGAGCCGUGGAACAGCGUGCGGGUGACGUUCACGCUCCCCCGCGAUGCGGCGUUGCGGCUGCGGCAGCUGGCCCAGCGUGGCGACCAGGCACUCCGCGAACUGGGCAUCCUCUCGGUCCAGGUCGAGGGAGACCAGAUCAUCAGCCUUACGCUUGCUGGUCGUUACGGGGAGCCACCGAAGGAGAUCAUCAUCCAGAAAGCGGCGGAAGAGGGCGGUGAGCAGGGCUUACCGGCAUCACCGCACGUGCCUGGAGUGCCAUCGUCGUCCCCAGCUCUCGCUGCUGCCGCGUCCAGUCGCGCAGGCUCCUCCUCCACCACCACCACGCCUGCCGAGCCUCCCUCCAUCCAGGCUAGGAGUCCCGCCUUUGCAGCGGCUGCGGCCACUUCGACCAGCGGCAGCAGCGGCAGUGCCUUUCGCUCUCCCAACGUAGUCGCCCCGCCACCACGGGAACCGCUGCCAUUUCUGUCGAGCGGCUCGUCGCGAUUGGUGCGACCCAGCGCCAAGACACGCCCGCCGUUCCCCUUUGCAAGCAUGACUCACUCCAUGAAGCAGAACAGCGCGGCAGCUGCCGCUGCCGCUGCAGCGGCCACUACGACGAGUGGGAGCAGGUUUCCAUUUUCGCCCUCGCCUCCCCUGGCCGCGGCGCUCGGGGCAGCCCAGCGGCUCGGCAAUGCAACGCGCGGCAACGUGGCGCUGUCUAGUCCGCUGCUGGUGAACCUACUCCAGAGCGAGACUGGGUCUGGCAGUCCGCAGAAGACGAUGAUGCCUCCGCCUCUAGACACGGGCCAGCCGACUAAACGGAAGCGCAGGCCCCCCAAAGGGAGCCGGGGCAAGGAGGGCUGUUCCCCGCCCGGUUCGCCAUCCUCGCCACCUCCUGUGAGCCCAAGCUGCGACGGCACCAACAUCCUCGGCAGCCGCGGCUUCCCCCUGUCCUCCCACAUUCCCACCUCGCCGCCCCACGCGACGCCGCCGACGGCGACGGUCUCCGUGGCCCCUCCCUCGCCCCCCACCGCGGCUGAGAGCCGCACGACCACUCACCUCAUCAACCCUUUCACCGGCCACCUGGAACCCAUGCCUUCCGACGAAGAGGACGACGAACCGGCUGUCCGGGACCUAGAGACCUCGGAGUCUUCCGAGAACGGAGGCCACUCGGAGCGCAGCCUCUCCGAUGGAAGCACCGGCGGCAAGGAUCCGGGCAACCCGUCGUCCGACACAGACUCCGGCAUCGGGAAGUCCUCGUCGUCGCAGUCCUCCAACGACCCCGAGCCGCCGCCGCGUGAGGAGGUGUCUCGCGUCUCUCUGCCGCCCACCGAAGGCGAGAAGCUCAAGUUAAGGCUAAAGCUGGACUCUAAGAAAAGCUGCCCUGUGAAGCCGGAGAUCGAGGCGUCGCCGCCACCUUCGCCGCAGGGCGAGCCUCCCCGGGUUCCGCCGCUGCACAUAUCUCUGCGAGGCCCGAACGUGGCGGUGGUGGUGAGCCCGCGGAAGCCGGAGGCGGCCCCCAAGAAGCGGUCGCCCCGGUCGCCGCGUUCGAGCAACGGCGCGGAAGGCGGCGGGGCCAGCAACGACACGCGGAGGGGCUACCGCGGAGCCAGGGCUCGGGCUGACAAGGGAGCCGAGCGGAUGCGGGAGCUUAGCUUACUGUCGGGCGGCAUCGUCACGCGAGUGCCCGUGUCGGUGCCCGUGUCCAUGUCGCCGACCGUGGUGCUGACGCCACUGCAACUGCAACACCCGAUGGGGGCUGGGGGCACCCGGCGGACUCUGCCGUCGCCUUCUUCUUCUUCGUCUUCGCCUUCUUCUUCGUCUCCCUCAUCCGCCUCUUCUUCCUCCUGCGCACAGAGUACAAAACCCCACUGGUCUGCCACCUCGCUGGGGCCAGAGGCAGACUCCUCCGUUAGCGAUGGUUCUAGCCCGCUGCGAGACCGUCCCGAUCUACCUCAUGCCCUGCGGUCCGCGGACCACGACACCGGCGCUGCCACGUUGGCAACAACGACGACGACAGCAGCAACAACCGUGGCAGUGCCGCCGCGUCAAGCCGGCAACAACGAGCCUGCCACAAACAGUGCCUUGGGAGCCCUCGAGUGCCACACAACGCCGCACCGGACAGCGCUGAGGCCUGGGAGCGUUCCGACACCCGAGACCAACGGGGUGCUGCACAUCGACGAGGAAGAGCAGCGGUCACCCAGCCCCUGCCGUGCUUCCCCGUCCUCUCUGGCCAAGACGACGAUGACGGUGGCGACGACGAGUGCAAUAGAGAAGAAGCCCCUUGCCAACUGCAUCGAGGGGCCCAUCACCAACCACGUCGGCUCGACCAAGGGCGACGAGGUCGACGAGCUCCGCGAGAUGGCCGAGCGGAGGCUGUCUCCGACGCCCAUGGCACGGAUCAUCUCCCUGGACGCCGUCGCAACCAAGAAGGCCACCUUCGGGGGUCCCGUCUUCGAGGUGUCGGACGUGGACGUGCCCGCGGCACUCAAGUUGGGCGGCCUGGUAGGCGGGAACCACCGGAUGCCCCUGCUCAUCCCGACCGGUGGCGGCGGAACGUUUCGUGGCGACGUGGUGCUUCGCCAGGAGUACGCCGCUGCCGCCCACCACCACCCGCACCACCACUUCCACUGCACCACGGCCAAUUCCGUCCUCAAGCCUGGCAUUGUGCGCGUGAACCGGCUCAGGUUCGGAGCGGGCUUUGCCACGGCUACCGCCGCCUCCACGGUCGCGGCCACGGGAACGACACAGCCAAGGGUGGAGACGACGGCAUCAAACGUGGCUGUAAAAACCAACGGCAUCGCGUCGUCAUCGCCGCUGCAGAACGAGUGCGACUCGACGAUAGACGCGGAGUCGAGCCUCGACUCGGACGACCUCGUCCCGAAUGGGCCGUCAACGACGACGUCCCUAGUGGCGGCGGGGUCACUGUCGGCAAGUGCAACGUCACAGACACUAUCGGCGGCAAGUGCAAUUGUGUCCAGGUCGGACGGGUUUUCGGAACUGCCACUGUCUCGUGGCCUGUGUGACUCGGCGACCAACGGCAGUGUGGAUUUUGUUGCAGUGGUCGGCAGUGACAACGGUGUGACGACAACGGGGAGGGCCGAGGAGAAUGGGGAGGUUGUGUCACCGGACUCGAACCAUGAGCCACUACCACGUGACCCCUUAGGCCCCAGCGACACUGACGGUGACAAGAGCGGUGACGAGGAGGAGGCGAGCUCGGCCCUGUCAGAGGAGAGAGGGAGUUCCGUCUCGCCGCCAAGCGAAGACCCCUGCAGCAACAUUCCGCCAGACCGGCCGUCGUCGGCAUCGUUGCCACCCGCUGCACCCUCGCCCCUCCCUCCCCCACCAUCAUCCUCCCCGGAAACCACCGCGGUGGUGGUGGCCUCUAGUCAGUCGAUGGCCACCCCGUCCGAGGCGGCAGCGCCCUCUUCGCUCUGUGUGGUGGCGAGCUCCAUAUCCUCCUCCUCCAUACCUUCUUCCUCUUGCUCGUCCGCCACGACCUGGGACUCCACGCGGCUGAUGACGACGUCCGACGUGGCCGAGGCAAUGCCGAGGACGCAACCCCAGCCUGCCGGCAGUUUGGUGGACGUGCCUUCGAGCACGUUGCAGGUUCCUGGGGGCCAAAUGAUCUCGCCUUCCAUGUGGAGCACCGCGGGCAGCAGUAGCAGCAGCAGCGGUGCCGGCAGUGAUCCACAGCAGCGGCUCACGUUCAUCUUCAAGGGCAACCUGACGGCAGCAACGACAAGUUCCUCCUCGUCCCCGACCAGUUGCCACCCCGUGCUGGCCCUCCCGGCUAGUUCCGGAAGCGGCGUGCCCAAGACGGUUCCGAUCAAGCUCCUGGCCCUUCCGUCAGGCACCUCCGGGCUCACUCUCAAGUCGUCCCUGGCCGAGUUGAUCUCUUCUCCGGCCACCCAGGUUGGCUCGCCACGUUCGGCGUCCAGCAGGUCCGUGUCGCCACCGAUUCGGCUCGUCGUAUCCAAGAUGGCGCCAACAGUCAAGGGCACCGGCCUCAGCAACACGGCCAGAGCAGUGCCGUCACCCACUGGUCCACCGUUGUCGACCUCGAGCCCAUCCCUGGUGAACAUGGUCGUGAAAUCGGUGAUGGCCGCCGCGGUAACGAGUGCAAUGACGACGACGGCACACCUGCCCGCAACGAUGACCAGCGCUGAGGCAGCUCCCACUUCAAUGCUGUCCAGUACGGCACCGUCGUCAGCGAAUGUUUCUCUACCGGUGGCGCCAGACGAACGGCAGCCAGUUGUGAGUGGUGUUUGUGAAGUGUCGGGGGAGGAAGGAGCGCCCGUCGAAGUAGACUCUCGGGAGGCAACGUGUGCAAUGGCGGCAACGCCCUCUGUGGUUGUGACCGAGGCAGACACGCGCGGAGGAGCCACCGCAGCGGCGUCUGCCGGGGUGGUGCCAGCGGCGGUCGCCGAGCCGGGUAGUAGUGGCGGAGGAGAGUGUGGUGAUGUGGACAAAAGCCAUUUGGAGCGGCUCGCGUCGCCCACAUUGUUGUCGGGAGUUUGUGCGGACUUGGCGGAGGACGGCGAGCUGGCGGUGCUGAGCCCCUCGGUGAUUGCCAAUCACAUUGGGUCGCCCCAGCUGCCAGACUCGCUGUCGACGCUUUUGGACAUGGCGAUAGACCCGCCUGACGAUGAUGACGACGACGAGAGUGAACUGGCGAGCAACCGGGAUUCCCCGUUGCCCGUGUCGCUGCUGCUCACGAACCACAAGGACUCUGAAGAGGAGCCACAGAUGCGAGAGCACGAGGCCGAUCUAGAACUGCUACGGACAUGUCCCGAGGCUUCGGUUGUUUGUGCACCUGGUGACGACCUGGGGGACGAUGGCCGACUUAGGAAUCAGAGACGACGGACAGCACAAGUGCCAUCUCCGGCUGCGGCCGAGGAGGGAGAGUCCGAUCACUCGAGCGAGGAGGAAAUGUCGCUGAGCGAGCUCGCGCACAAGUCCAGGGUGCGGCCGCCUCGGCCGCAGCGGCAGGGCAAGGAGAACGAGGCGCUCACGACGGUGGCGACGGCGGCGGACUCCCCGGCUCCGACGACGCGGCGGGAGGACGGCGGUCCCGGUCGGCCACGGCGGCUGACGGCGGCGGGGAGCAGCGAGUCCAAGGCUGCCCGGUCCAGGCUGGGGCAGCAGCAAGCAAUGGCGAGCCAGCAGUCGCAAGCAUUGUCGAGCCCUUCGCCCGUGGCCACGGUGGCCUCCCUACCCGCGGAGGAGGCGUUGAGGAGAAACGCCGACCGAUCGAGACGGUCCCCAGCCACGAUGCCAGUGGGCCGAGACCACCGGUCACCUCCCCGACUGCCGAACCAGCGUAACUUUCGACGGGACUCUGAAGUCAGGGACGACGAUGCUGUGGUUGUCAUGAAGAGGAAAACCAGGGCGUCGGGACCCUCCACAGACCCCCAGCAGGAGGCGGCAGCCCCAAACAAGCGGCGGCGCUACUCCAAAGACAGCCAUAGGUAGCAACCACCCACGGGGCCUUAGGAAUGCAAAAGAACACACCACCACCAUGAUGUACACACGUGAUCGCGCGUUAAACACACACACAUUGAACCCAGAAGGAGAGGACACUGCUGUGUGCUACUACUGCUGCUAUUGUGCUACCUGCUCUGUACCACUAUUACUACUACUACUACUACCGCUGCUGCCGCUUCUCUGCGUCCGUGGCGGCAUCCUCGCAUAUUUUCCACCGGGGAGCCGUGCAAAAGAGGUCGCGCCUCACUCAAAUGAUAUUCGCUCUUAGUCUUUCCGUUAUCGUUUGUUCUUUGUUUUUUGUUGGUAUUUCUUUUACCCCUACCUUCGUCCUAUUUUUCUCUUCCUCACUGAUCACGGUCUCCCGCUCCUACGGUGACCGUUCAGCAAACAAACAAAUGUCCAGUCCAGAAAGGCUGUUCUCUUCGUAGACUGUUUUAGGGUCGAGCGUGCCACUUUUGCUGCCAAUGCCGUCACUGCCAGGCAGCGCCACUGGGAUGGCCAUCGUCUACUAGCCACGUGGAGAUUCAGCAGCCAAUGCUUCGAUGGCGGAAGUUUUUAGCUUGCCAUAUUUUUGUAGUGACGCGACGUGUGUAUGCUGGGGCAACAAACAAAGCAGAUAGCGCUCCGUCUCCCUGCACAGCCAGAGCAGCGUUAGGGGCCAUGAAUAUAAAAAAAUAAUAUGGACCACAUUCACAAGAACUACUUAGUUUAGAGCUUUUUUGUAAACUUAGGCCUGUCACACAGGACAUUUUUUUGAGAGCUAGCCAAUGGCAAUACAGUGCUUACUAAUAAAAAAACCUUGUGAAUUCGGCCCCUGAUUUUUAAAAGACAAAAUUGUUUUUCGGGUAGCCGGUCAGCUUUUUGGCUUUUCUUGGCUUUGCAACAAGAAGGGGAGCGGGGGGUGGUGUUCAGGAAGACGAAUUUCGACAUCAGCAGUCAUAACUAGGAAAUGAAACAUAGAAAGACAGAAGGGGCAAAUUCAAAUUAAGGAUUCACUUGGUGACCUGCGAAGCAGGCUGAUCAGUCUCUGUGAUGUAUCCACAGUGAUCGGAUAGUAACCUUUAUGGCCACCAGCUGGCAACCAAUGUGCAACCAAUGUGCAACACAGCCACUUAGCUGUUUGUGAUACAUUACAAGCCAUGCAUGUGACGGUUUUCAUUAAUGUGACUAUAAUAUAAUGUGGCUCACUCGGACAUACCAAAUGGUGUCACAGCGGUGGUGACACCAUUUGCACCACCAUUGCUGCUUAAAUGGAACAAAUGCUUCUAAUGUGAUUGGUUUAGUACUUGAAUUCUGCACCACUGUUCAUCUCUCAGUAAAUGGAAAGCCUGUUAAAUGGCAUACAUAUUCCUGGUCCCUUCAGGUUCCUUUUAACGAGAGUCUAUGCAAUCUGGCUCUGCACAUGACUGCCAUGGAGGCACCUUCAGAAGUUGGUGACGCUAUCUAGACCCCACAUGUGACGAUCACUAAAUAGCAUUAGGGUUGUGUUCUAAAACCUGGCCCAUGCUGGAGAACGGGGCUGGGGAGUUGUACCCGCUCAAACACUCGAACAUUCCUGCUUUAUGUGAUUGGUCGAGGCUUCCUCGGACGUCUCAAACUGGGGAUGUAUGCGCGAGCCUCAACCAAUCGCAUGUGGCAAAAAUGUUUUUGUCUGUUUGCAAAGCACGUACAACGUACCAGCCUUGUAAGAGUUACACUAUUCACCUGUGCACAUGACUGCCAUGGAGUCACCUUUGGCUGCUUGUGACACGAUCUGGACUUUGCAUGUGACGGUCACAGGGUCACAGUUGGAUCACGUUCCAGAGUUGGUCAUGCCGGAGAACAGUUCUUCCUUCUUAAGGUUACAUCUUCUAAAGUAAGGUUACAUUUUCUAGCCCUUAACUGCCCUGGAGCUUCCUUCGGGUGUUCGAAUGCUAUCUGGGCCCCCACGUGUGACGUUCGGUGGGCCGCAGUUACCUGCCGACACAUGGCCAUGCUGGAGAACAGUUUGUCCUCCUGAAAUGUUACUUCAUCAUCUGGCUGCGCAAAUGACAGUCACCUCAGCUUGUGACGCUAUCUGGCACGACUGAUGCCUGGCUGUGCCGUGAGGCAGGGUUUCUCGGUGCUUUUGGCUUCGUUUGAAGGCGGCAUAAGUAGGCGGGCGUUACCUUACCGACGACAGUUAGUGCAGUGAACUCGCGGUCUUUCUCGGACUCUGUCCUCGGCAUGUGACGGUUGGCAAGACGCUAGUGACCAAGGGGCGGACGCUCUAAAUGACUGUGACAGUGCUUAGGCCGGUCGCGAUGCAAUGCUUCAUUUUAAUUCACUGUGACCCCCCCUCACCUCCCUUACCCCUUCUUUUCUCCCGUCCUAGUGAGAUAUCUGUGAAUCCACAAACACACACACACAACCCACAAAAAAAGAGAGAGCUAGGGAAAAAAAAUUAUACAUAGAAGAAAACUGGAUGAUGUACUGUAUAUCUGUGUACAGAAAUGUGAAUGACACUAAAGAACGGUAGGCAUGUGUUAUCUUCUUGCAUAUAUUAAUAGUUUUUUUGUCUACCUUGUACUUUUUUUUCUCUCUCUCUCGUCAUUCGCAUUUAUUUCCUUGUUAGUCUUUUCACUGUUGUGUUUGUUUGCAUAGGUGCGUGUGUGGAUAAACGAAAAAAGGACCUAGAGGUGUUUUCUCCUUUUUUUUUUUGUCUUCUGCGUGCUUUUUGCUGCCAUUGCAUUGUAAAUACGUCAUGCCAUAUAGACACAUGUGGUGCAUUGUACAGAGUGCAGAAACUUGCGUUUUUUUUUGUUUUUUUAAUCGUCGGGCGCCACGGAACCACAGGGGAAAGCAAAGUGUUUUGACGUGGUUUGCUCGUGCCGCCGAUCGGCCCGUGUUCGGGUUCAUUACAUAUGCCCGUCGCAGAGGAAACUUUUUGUUUUCUUUCUCACUUCUGUGACACGAUGUUUGCUUUUUUUUUUUUUCAGCAAACUGCUUACAUGAUAUUUUCCCUGCCCCCAUCCUUGUACAUCGUCGUUAAGUCAUACAUCCAGUUUUGUUUCCCUGAGAGAGAGCUUUGAGAUAGAUUUUUUCAUCAAAACCAUGCACGCACGCGCCUGGCAUCGAGUUUUGCUGCGUUAUUGUAAAUAGAGAGAGAAAGAUUCAGUGCUUAUGUUAUUUAGCGCCUGUGUAUUUCCAACCCUUCCACCAUCCCCCCACUCUUCUAUUUUUUUUUCCCCCGCUGUUGCAGAGUCAAAGAUUUGCUACUACUUUAUGCAAUUCCCCCCCCCCCCUUCCUUUGGCAGGUUUUGUGGGAGUCUGCAUGUUUCUGCAUUUCUUUUCACACCUUUCUUCUCAACAUUUUGUACUCUUCGUCGUCACAGUCUCAUUGCGUCAUAUCCAUCCAUUGUUCACACUCGCUCUCGUUUUCACAAGAAAAAGUCAUAUUUCACUUUCUUAGGAGACUCAUCAUUAGUCUUUUAUUCUUUCUCUUGCUAAACGCGCAGAAAGAGCAGAGUUAGGGUAUCAAAAACAGUUGUUUUUUUUGUGCUGAAAGAAAAGAGUGCACAGAAAAAGGGGGGAUCAAAGUAUUUUAAUUGAGUUCAGUGUUGUGCAGAACUCUGGGUGUCAUGAGGGCCCAGCACGAAUGGACCCUUGUGACGAUCGGACAGAUCUGUCACAUCUGUGGCGCAGUCGGAUGCGACAGAAAAACAGACCUUUCACAUUCAUGACACAUUUGGACGCGACGGAUGGACAGAUCCGUCACAUCCGUGACACAGUCAAGUGUGACGGUCGGACAGGUCUGUCACAUCCGUGAUGCAUUCAGACUUGACGGAUCUGCCACGGUAUCGGUCGGGAGGAAAGGUCUGUCAGCUUGCGUCCUUCCGUAAAGCUGUUUGGAAGCUCUUGGAAUUUUCUCCCUAUGUGAAUUUUUUUCCUUCAUCGAUUUUCAAGUCACUCAUCUGUUGCCAUUGCCUUUUUUUUUUUUCCGUCGUUGAAGGUCGACGCUAUUUAACUGUAAUCGUGUUGCACAAUGAACAAAUUCACGUACGCUCAUGGCGUAACUGUCGCCCCUCUCCUCUUCCUGCUUUGACACCGAGUUGCGGUUGUGAUGUUCCGAAGGUGCGAUGUUUCAAAUCUGAUGUUCAAAUGAACCACCUGUCAUAUGGAAAAACGGCAAGUCAUGGUUCUCGAAUCACUCAUCCGCAGGAGACACCGUCAAGUGACGAAAACUUUUAGAGGGUGACACAACCUUGAAAGAAGCUAGAAAUGGAACUUUUCCCCGAUUGUAACUUUGCGUUUGUUUCUUGUAUUAAUGAGGUUCCUCACUGUUCAGUUUCGGCGCGACUUCAAUAGAAAUUUUGGAUUCUUUCCCUGGAACUUGCAUUUCAGUCACUCAAGGGACAGCAGUUUGGUUACCCAAGCAUUCGUUUCACUUCCCCUAGUGUCUGUUAGGCUUCCCAGGUGUAAAAGCAGGACUGUGGCAGUCGUAGUGUGCGAUGGCGUACGUAGUGCUCAGGCGCAGUUGUACGGACAGGCGCGACGAGGUUAUAGACCGCGGUGUUCGCGAGUAGUUUGUUUGGCAUCGUGACAGUAAAAGUGAGUGGGCCAAGAUGCAUGCCCUUCUCGUCUUGCGGGAGCGUGCAGAAAGAAGUGCGCUCGCCGUGUAAAAUGCGCAACUCUGAGAACAAAAAAAUCGAGAUUAGAAAAAAGCUACCCGGUGUAGCCAUUAGCCAAAGCCUCAGUGGGAGAGGGCCGUGAACUGUGAGCAUAAAGAAAAAAAAAAAUGGUGCGAAGUCGGAGGGGUAGGUAGAACCGUGGAUGCCCUUUUUGAUGUUUACGCUUUUUUUUCUUCCUGUUCCCGCUCGUUAUGGUCCCUCCCAAUCGUCUCCCUCACAAACCCUCUCCCCCAUUAAUCUCUUCGUUAUCGUUUUAACCGCACGUUUGGUUUCCUGGGACGCAACGUGCCGUGUACAUAGUUUUACGUCUAUUUCCGUCACACCGCUCUCUCUCUUUCUCUUUCCGGCUGCCCACUGUACAAAACCAUUUCCGGGCGAGUGAUUUUUCGUUGCGACGUUUGCGCGAGCGGGUACCUUCGAGCAAGAUGAAAAGGCCUUAUGACGAUGCAAAAGAGAUAUAACAAAAAAAGCAUCACCUCCCGUUAGCAGUAGCAGGGGGCGGCAACGCCUCAAGGUUUUUCAGCACUGUCCUCUGCAUUGCCCGCCUUUUUCCUCCUCCCCUUCUGUUUGAUGAGCUGUUACUGUGAGAAAUAGAUGGUUAUCAUUGAUUGGUGGUUUAAAGUAUCUCCCCCGUAGGCCAAUUUUCCGGUUAUGUUAUUUGCCUGCUUUCUUCCUCUCAUCCUCCGGAAAAUUCUGCGUUUGAUCCUUGACGGUCGACGGACCCACCUAUCGGCUAAGCUUGUUCCUUCUAUUAACCGGCUAGUUUGUUAACAGGUGGAACAGCUCACAUUUUCUAGCAAGCGAAGAAACACUUCAUUAAUCACAUUGUCAGUCUCGUUUCCGGUUACACUUUACUGCUAGACGUAAAGGCAUGUUCCAAUUGGCCCACCGAUAGCAUGCACUGGCUAGCUACAGUAGGGAACCUCCGUGAUAAUUAAAGAUUCACGAAGAAAGAAAUCUUGCGAACAUUGUUACUUGGGUGCUUCCAGUGCUCCCUGCAGUGAUAAUGCGGUGAUCAUACUAUGUAUAGCAAGCUUCUGCUGCUAGUUUUAUUCACUUGGUCAUUACGGAUGGUAAUUGAUUAUAUAUUUAAGUGCAUGCAGCCAUUUCUGAUUGGCAGGCUGACAAACAUGCCUUUGCGAAAGCUUCAAAGCGAAGGACUUCUAACUUUCGGUAGCCUCUUUUUUUUUUCUAUUUGAUCGCAAGUCAGUCCACAUGCGAGUGCAAGUUGCUCCAGCUUACAAGCAUCACGAGGCAUCACGAGUGCAACCCACCACAGUGCAGUGCAACACUGGGGCGUCACCAGUGUAAGACAGCGUUUGUCGAGCAGGGCUCAAGCGUGAAAAGCUAUUCUUCCUUAGCCUCCCUUUCUGCUGCCUCCCCCAUUCCUGCCCAUAUAUUUUUAUGAAACACCCGUUUGUUUGUUCUUACCUUCUCCUCAGCUAUAUAUUUGUUGUUGUUGCAUCAUGGUUUUUCUCACUUUUUUUUUUCGUCAGAAUCUUGUAACUGCCUUGUGAAUAUAUUUGUACAUUUGCUGCAACAUCUCUGUAUAGAAGAAAAAAAAAAGAACCACAGACACUAUGCCUGCAGAUUGUAAUGAAGAAAAAAACUUUUUAUGGUUUGUUGUGAGUUUUCAUACCGGUAUUAAAAACUGUCACUUGAA